GCUGCGUGCGUGUUGUGAUUAUAUGUUUAUGUGUAUAUGAAUGUAAAUAGGGGAUUGAAGUGUGGAAGAUAUGGAAUCAGAUAUAUUUAGGAGUGCUGUGACAAGCGUGUUAAAUAACUGGACUGCAUUGCAGGGGUGACAGUGAAGUAAUAACGCCUAACUUCUCACAUGAAACAUACUGCAGCUGUCAGGCUGAAAGACGCUUUAAGAAACGUUAAAUUCUUUGACGUAAGUUUUUAUUUACAGCUUGCCGUGGAGCAUGGAAUGGGGACACGUGAAACGGCACAAAGUUUGGUGGACUAUGUAAUAGAAACCUUUGUUGCCAACGAUGAUAUCAGUUGUGAAGAAAUGGCUGAUGUGUUAUCAGAAGUCAUGGAUUCAUUAUUUCAAACAGUGUGUGAGGAUAACUCACCUGACGAGGUUGGUGCUCUACUCUGGAGGUUCUAUCAACAUCACAGAGUAGGAGAGACUGACAAGAUAAAGGAAAUGCUGAGUAAAUUACCACCUUGUCAGCUUUGGCUGUGUAAAAAAUUAGACACUUCUGCUCCUGUUAAGAUGCGAAACCUGCAACCUUUACCAGAAGCUAUGGAUGCUGAGGAAAGUGAGUGGACAGAAGUGAAAUCAAGAAGAUCUAAGAGAACAUUGAACAGUGCUGCAGAUGAAAUUGAUAACAGUGCUUCACAUAUGGGGGAUGUGAUUGGUGUUUCAGGAGAUCAGGACGAGAUGUGUACAUAAAAAUAAAUUGAAACAAAACAAAAAACA